AUGUUCAUUGAAUCGUGUACAUGGAUUACAUUUUCACUUAUAUUUAUUGGUUCAUUAGGUAACAUAUUAUGUAUAUGUGUAUUUCUUCGAAAACGUUUUCGUUCAUCUAUUUUAACACCAUUUUUUGUUGCAUUAUUAAUUACGGAUUGUAUUUAUUUAAUGUUUCGUGUUAUUAAAUUAUUAUAUUAUCAAGAAACAUUAUUUGAACAUUUCUCAUCACAAUUAUCUUGUUCGUUAAGUUUAUUUAUACGUAUAUAUAGUUCUUUUGCACGAAAUGCACCACAAAUAUUAAUACCAUUAAGCCAUUAUGAAUUAUAUAUACGUUUUACAUUAAUACUUAUGGCAUCAUUAGCUAUUCAACGUGCAUAUGAUAUGUGUCGAAUAUCAUUUCGUUUAAUUAAACGAAAUUCAUCAUCAAGAUCAUUAUCAUUUAUACUUAUUAUUAGUACAUUUAUAAUUGCAUAUUUAUUAGAAUUUUUUGGUUUAAGUAUUUUUUGUUCAUAUGAACUUAGUUCAAAAACAACUUAUCAAUGGUACACUUAUUUACAUAAAAAUCUUUCAAAUGAAACUAUUUCUUUAAUUAAUUUUAUGCGUAAUCAAUCAGCAAGUGAAAAAGAUAUUAAAUGUAUUAGUAAUAAUAAUUAUAAUAAUUCAUCUUGUACACAUGAAGAAAUUGCUCAUAUAACUCGUCACUAUUUCGAUAUACAUCAACGACCUAUUGUUGAAUUAAUACGAAAAAUUCACUUUUCUUCUAUGGGUACAAAAAUAGCACGGAAUGAACUUCGUUUAAAAUAUCAUUAUCAUACAUGCUUAGUUCGUUUGCAACCAGAUUUAUUUUUAAAAUUAUUUGAUGUACUUUAUUCACGUACACUCGGAUUUAAUCGAUAUACACUCAUACUUGUUAUUGGAAGUAUAAUUCCAUCAAUAAUAACAAUACUUGGAAAUACAAUAUCAUUACGAUGGAUUUUAAAUAUUCGAAAUUCAGUUUAUGAACAUUCUGCUAUAUUUCGUCGAACAGAUGAAACACGUCGAGUUAUUAUUAUAAUCACAGUUGAAUGUCUUUUAGCUGUUAUUAAUUCUUGGCUUGUUGAUAUUAUAUUAAGUGUUGUAUUUUGUAAAUGGUCAGUAGCUAUUGGUGAUGAUUGUCCAGAAUUUUUAGAACAUUAUCAUCCAUUAUUAGCUUUUUUUGAUUUACUUAAUUCAAUGUCAAAUAUAGUUUUAUAUUGUUUUGCUACAAAACGGUUUCGUCGUGAAUUAGAAUGUAUGCUCAAAGGAUGGAUAAAUACAAUAAGACAAGUUUUAAGAAUUAUUUUUAAAUGCGAAUGGACAAAUUCAUCAAUAAGAAGAAAAAAAUUUCAUGAUGAACACAGUAAUGGUCCAACAGAAAUUUCAUUACAGUUAUUCAAAAGUUCUAAACGUUUUAGUAAAAAAUAUGAUUAUAUUAAAAUAAAAAUUGUUUCAACUCCGGAUAUAAUCUAA